AUGUUUCAUCUGGUCAGAAGGGGACGAGAAAACUUGCGAGAACAAACUAAAGACACGUUCGCGGUAGCUGUUGACUCGCAGAAUAGAAGAUACGUUUACCAGGCUGUCGACGAGCUCGAUAAAAAUCAUCGGGAAAAUGACGACCCCCAAGAUUCCACAACAGAUGGAAGAAUGUACGAGCAACCGGGUGCACUAUGUCCAGUCAAGUCAUUUGAGUUGUAUCUUUCGAAGCUUCAUCCCGAGUUAAAAUGCCUUUGGCAACGACCGAAGGAAGCAACAGCUGACAACUGCUGGUACUGUAACGUACCGGUCGGAAAGAAUACCCUUGGCAACUUCAUGAAAGACAUUUCAAGAGCAGCCGACCUGCCCAAAGAGUACACAAACCACAGCAUACGAGCGACGGCUGUAACCGUCCUAGACCACUCCAACUUCGAAGCCAGGCACAUAAUGCGAGUUUCUGGUCAUAAAUCAGAAGCGAGCAUCAGAAGUUACUCACGUCGCCUUUCAGAAAACAAGCAAAGAGAAAUUUCCGAAACACUUGGUCAGGCGUGUGGAUUUCCUUCUGAAAUUGAAGAGACAACCUUGUCUUCGCCUUCAGAAACCCGGCUAGAACUGACGUCCAGCCAGUACGAAAAUGCAUUGGAUACAAUAUGCUUCUCUCCUCUACCAGGUCAUUUGUUGCCUGGCUCACCGGUUCUUCACGCAACACAAACAAACACUCUUAAGAAUGUCACAUUUGCAAGUGGUGCAUUCAAUAAUUGCAAUGUAACCUUUAAUUUUAAUGGCAAGUAGUUUCUCUAUCCUUGAAUGACUGUUAAUGACUGUUGUUUAGAGUGUUGUUUACUUUUUCAAAUAAAUUGGAUGCUUUUUAUUAAACAUUUGAUCACUUUAUAAACUUUUGCUUUUAACUGUUUUAAGCAACUGUGUUUAUUAAAUUUAACGUUUUAACAAUAAAGUAUUUCAUCUAUUUACGUUCAUUUGUUCUUUAAUUUGUUGUUUCUUUGACUAUUGAUAUAUAAUAAAACACUUAUUUACUGAGACCUCGGGAAAGCAGUGUGUUUUGUGGACCCUCGGGUCCACAAAACACACUGUUUCCCUCGGUCUCAGUAAAUAAGUGAUAAAUAUGCUAUGUGCCUGUAUAGUUUUCUAAGGGCUUGGUAACUGCUGGGAUCAGAACCUUUUAUAUUUCACUUGUUAAAUCGCUUCAUUUUCAACUGCACUUCCAUGUGCUAUCAAGGAUGUAUAUCGCGUUCUAUUUCUGUAAUUUCAGCAAGUUUCAAUCUUACUUUUGGCCAUGAAAUCUUCGGCUUGAAAAGGAGAAUGCCAGCUUGUGGAAGUAUUUUGAGAAAAUUUCAGAACUGGAUGGAUACAAGAGAAAGUGCAACAGGUACUCUACAUCACAAAUAGUUUCUACAUUGGGGAGGUGGCAUAUCACAAAUUUAACAUGACCAAAGGAGGGCAGAUUUACCUCGCUCUUAUUUGGUGAAACAGUGUAAAAAUGAUUUGAACAGUCUAUUGGCUAUCACCAGAACCCCAGAUGUUGCAAAAGGAACACAAAUGAACCCAUAAAUAUGCUAUGUGCCUGUAUAGUUUUCUAAGGGCUUGGUAACUGCUGGGGUACCACAUUGAUACCAUUUUGAUUGUUUUGGUACCCCAGUGCAUUGCAUUAUGGGAUUUAGUGAAAAUACUGAAUAAUAUUAUUUACAUUUUACUUACAUGUUCACAGAUAUCCUUACCAAAAACCUUGUAACAGCAGCAAUAAACUGGGAUAAAGAAGAUAACUUUAACAGACGGCCUGGAGAAAGAGCAGAUAUGCACCUUGAAGCACUUAUCACUGCAGUUAACAACUGUGGAGUGUGUUUUAAGGUUUGGGAGGGAGAAACAAAAGGUAGACCGGGGAGGAAGUGGAACAUAUGAUUUCACCAGCCUGAUAAAAUACCUUCAAAAAGCUCCUGUUAAAAUACCUUCCAGAAAAAUUAGGUGUUAUUAAGGCAGACUCGAGCAAGAAUGCGAUCAGUCAAUCUCUGGAAGGUAAGUUAACAUGUUGGUGGCAUAUGAGUUGCACAGUGGUAUCAAGAAAUUCACAGGGCAAGGUGAGUAAUGACAAACACUACUUUAUUUACUGUAUACUGUGUACUGAUGAAGUGAUCAAUACAUGUAUUUUACCAGUGUACAUUAUUCAUUAUUUAUAGGCAUUGAAAAGAACAACAAUGACUGCUGAAGAAUUCAUCUAAAUCUAACAAGUGGGAUGCCGCUAAGGAUAUCCUCUUUGUUUACAAGAGAGUAGAGAGUAGAAAGCCUUCAUUGUACACUAAGGAUGUACCACAAGUGAAACGCCCAGUACUGGGACAACGACCUAAAGGAGAAGCGAGCGAAGCUUAA